CUCGCCUGGCUGAGGCAGCGCCGAGGCGGGGGGUGAAGAGGAAGGCAGGCCGCGGCCCUGCCGCUCCUCUCACGGGCGAGGGGAGGGUUGUGAGGCGGCCGAGGAGGCGGAGGACCAAGAUGGCGGCGGCGGGCUCCGGGGCCGCUGCGGGAGCCGGGCCGAGCUCCGCGUCGUCGUCGUCCUCCUCGUCGGGCGGCGGGGGCGGCGCCGCCGCGGCCGCCGCCGCAGCCGCCGCGGCGUCCAACCCGCGGAAGUUCAGCGAGAAGAUCGCGCUGCAGAAGCAGCGGCAGGCCGAGGAGACGGCGGCCUUCGAGGAGGUGAUGAUGGAGCUGGGCACCACCCGGUUGCAAGCACAGAAGCUGCGUUUGGCGCACAGUCGGGGCCCUUACUACGGCGGAUCGUUACCCAACGUCAACCAGAUCGGGAGCGGAGUUUCGGAGUUUCAGGGCCCGCUCCAUUCGGUGCUGGAUUCGGCACGCGGCACGCGGCGCCACGGCUUGGUGGAACGGGUGCAGCGGGAUCCCCGGCGGAUGGUGUCCCCUUUCCGCCGCUUCACGCGACAGGUCGACAGCUCCCCCUACAGCCCUGCGUACCUGUCGCCUCCUGCCGAACCCAGCUGGCGAAGGGCCAUGCCGUGGGGUAACUUUCCCAUGGACAAAGGACACCUGUUCAGGCUACCGGCGGCGCUCAACAGAACAAAUUCCGAUUCCGCCCUGCACACGAGUGUGAUGAACCCCAAUCCGCAGGACGCGUACCUGGGCCCCUCUCAAGGCGUCCCCCCUCCGAAUCGCAAGAGCGGUUAUCCGGACAGCGACCUGGAUAGCAAAGCGUUUCUUUUCCAAGUGCCUUCCAUCGAAGAGAGCUUCCUGGACGACAGCAAGCAGCUGCUGAAGCCUUGGGACACCAAAAAGCUCUCCUCCUCAUCCGCCCGUCCGAGGUCCUGCGAGGUGCCUGGAAUACACAUCUUUCCGUCCCCGGACCAGCCUGCCAACCUGCCUCUGAUCCCCGCCGCCCUGAACACGGGGGGCUCCCUCCCUGACCUCACCAACCUGCACUUCCCGUCGCCGCUGCCCACGCCCUUGGACCCGGAGGAGUCGGCUUACCCCAGCUUGAGCGGCGGCAGCAGCACCGGCAACCUGGCCAGCACCAUGACGCACCUGGGCAUCAGCGGCAGCAUGGGGCUGGGCCCUGGCUACGACUCCCCAGGCCUGUGCUCGUCUAUGCAGAACUCCCUCAGUAAUCCCUGCAUCCAAUCCUCGCUUAGCAACCCCUCGCUGCAGGGCUCCCUUAGCAACCCCUCGCUGCGCUCCCCCCCCAGCGGUGCCUCCCUCCCCGCCUCCCUCAGCAACCCCUCCCUCCCCGCCUCGCUGGGCGGCCAGACCGGCAACCCCGGCUUCGGCGGCCCCGCCCCCGCCUCCGCUUCCUCCCCGUCGGCCGCCCCCGCCUCCUACGCCUCCCUGAACGCCUCGCCCCGGCGCAGGGCCCCGCUCAGCCCCCUGACCCUCCCAAUGGGCGCAGACACCAGGAGGCCGCACCCCAAACCGUUUUCGCCAACUAUGUCACCCACAUUGUCCUCCAUCACGCAGGGGGUGCCGUUGGACACCAGCAAGCUGCCAGCCGACCAGAGGCUCCCCCCGUACCCGUACAGCCAGCCCGGCUUGCACCUCCAGCAGGGCCAGAAACCCCACCACCAGGGGCAAGGGGGGGCAGCCGGCCCCCAGCAAGUCCGCCAGCAGCAGCAGCAGCAGCAGCCGCCCCCCAUGCCGUCGCAGUGCACGUACCCGGGGCACUACCAGUCCAAUUCCAUGCUCCAGCACCAGCUCGGCCAGCCGCUGGGUGACUUCGGCCUGGGCAGCUUUGAUCAGUACAGCUUCAUGGACAACAUGACGGGCGGCUUCACGUUCAACAGCAACGCCUUCGCGGACGACCUCGGUGCCUUAAACUACUCCCAAGGCGACAGCAUGGGCCAGUUGGGGGGCGGAGGGGGCGGCAGCAACACGAGCCACGACCCCCACCUGCUCAACCGUCAGAACCUGAACAACUACAGCCGCCACAGCAACAUCCCCAACAUUAUUCUCACAGGGGACUCCCCCCCAGGGAUUUCCAAGGAGAUUGCCACGGUCUUGGCGGGCAUGCCUGGUUUCGAGAUGGACUCCUCCUCCUCCCUGGGUCUGGACGAAGACCUGAAGAUCGAGCCGCUCACCUUGGACGGACUCAAUAUGCUGACCGAUCCAUAUGCCCUCCUGACCGAUCCGGCCGUCGAGGAUUCCUUCCGCACGGACCGGCUCCAGUGAAGGGAGGCGGCUGCGGCGCCGAGAACACCCCACCCGGUGAGGAGGAAGGGACCCGCAGGAGCCCCGGGGGGGAAACCGCGCCCACGAAGGGCCAGGCUUCCGCGCCCCAGACGGGGACACCGGGAGCCGAGACCAUGCGCGGCCAUCGCCUUCGUAGAGACGUCGGUGGCUUGAACCCUCCCUGGGCGUUCUGGGGCUGGACUUGGCGACGGGCGGUAGCCAGCCCAGGUUGCAGGGGACCUGGGAGGAAGUUGGGCGUGCGGGGGUCAUCCCCCCAAACCCCACAGCAGUGAGGAGCUUCUGGGGUGCUUGGGGGGAAUUCCAAGCGUCCCAAACCCUGCGGGACGCGAGAAGGAGAAGACGGAACGGAUCCUCUGCCUCCCUGGAUCCGAGGGAUGGGUGUCCACAUGGAUCCGAGGCCCGUAGGAGUCCCAGACAUUUCUUUGCCCUGCGUUUGAUCCUGUGUAUAUUUCCACCCGCACCGUUAGCUAGCGAGAUCCUCGUAGCGUGCCGUGCGAGAGUGGAGAGGUGCGGCAUUCAUGGUUCCACCCCUCCCCCCCCUUUUUUUUUUGCCUAAUCAUGUUUUUUAAAGAAAAAGAAAUCUGUACAUAACUCCUCCCUCUCUCCGUCCUCCCCCUCCCUCCUUUUGAACUGCCGUGUACAUGGGGGGGCGGGGGCAGAGAGGGAAAAGGGGGGGUGUCUCUUGUAAAGCACUUGUAACUUUGCAUUCUUAUCUGUCAUGAGGUCAGGUCCAGAUCUGAGCUUGGGGGGGUGGGGUGGCGUGAUAGCGGUGGGGGGGACAGGGAAAAACGAAGACCGUGGGUCGGAGCGGUACUUGGCUUCGCCCGCUGCCCUUUCUCCCUCGCUCCUUCCCCCCCCCCCCCGCUAGGGAGGAGAGAAACCAGAGUGAUUUUAUUAUUAUUUUUUAAAAUAUAUGUUAAUUAUAAUGAAGUUUCGAAGUU